UAUCACCUGCUGACUUGGCCACAGGUGAAGAAAGGAAGUGUCGACUUUCAGUGAUGAAAACUGGGUCAUGUCAGGAGGAGGAGGAGCAAUAAGACGAAACAAGAAAACAAGGCUACUUCCUUAAUUGAGCAAGGCUUGAUAGUUUAAGGAAGCAGAGCCACAUAUACACUAUACACUCUACAGUGUACACAACCAGCCACACUGAACUAUUCACACUUACACUGAUAAAGGGCUUUGUUCUCCAACCAGAACCAUUGUUUUACUUAAAAAAAAAUAAGUUGCAACGCUUCAGAAGAAAACCAGAGCAACCAGAUAAAACCCACCAGUACCUCUGGCGAGGCCUAUGAGACGAGGACCAAUGCAAAAGAAAGUAUAUAAAAGAAAAUAAAUAUUACGAACAGAGCUACAGUUAAACGUAUCUAUGUGUCAUUAAGAAAUAUUUUUUUAAAAAGGUCUGUUUUCUCUACUUUUGUACUUCUCCUUUCAAGUAUAUUUGGAAGCAUUUUUGCUUUUCAAAUAUCUGCAUUAAAACUAAAGUUAUUUCAUCUUGUGCUCCUGUUGCUUUGCACACAGUGCAGUUUGGCAGUGCUGAACUAAUGAAUCUAUCUACUUGCUUCAAAGAGGAUUACUGUUCCUUGUGCUUAGCUUAGUUACCUCACAUUAGGUUGAGGCUAAGGAGAGGUCUGCUGUCCACAGUGGCCAUCUGUCUGCCAGGUGGACAGUCGAGCACUCACUUUGCUGUAAAUGGAGACAAGGCUCGAGUUGGAUGUUUUGAUAUACCCAGAUGAAGUAAGGAUCGCUACUCCGGAGGAUCUCAGGGACUGGGAGCUGGAAACUGCGAGCCAGGUGUCCAUACCCACAGUCCGGCUCUUUGUUGCACUUUACCCAUACAACCCGGCUGCCAUGUCGCCAAACCACGAGACAGCUGCAGAAGAGCUGCCCUUUGUGCCAGGCCAGAUCAUCAAGGUUACUGGAGACAAAGACGCAGAUGGGUUUUAUCAUGGUGAGUCUGGCGGGCUUUCUGGCUAUGUGCCGAGUAAUAUGGUGGCUGAGAUCCCAGUGGAUGAUGAGUAUCUGAAGCAUCUACUCAUGCAGCAGGGAUUCCUCCCCGUGGACCACACAGGCAUGUCUCUAACACCAGACCUGAGCGAUGUCACCAGUAUCCCUGACAGUGGGGCUGUUAGACGAAUGGUAGCCUUAUUUGACUAUGAUCCAUGGGAAAACUCACCCAACAUGGACAGUGAAGCUGAACUCGGCUUUCGUUCAGGAGAUAUCAUAUAUGUUUUAGGUGACAUGGAUCAAGAUGGGUUUUACUAUGGAGAUCUUCACGGACAACGAGGUUUGGUUCCAUCAAACUUUCUGCAGCUGUUUCCCUGGGAUUAGAAGAAAAUGCACGCUAAGCUGUUUGCUACAAAUGCCAAGUCACAGACGCAGUGAGAAACCAGAAGUUUCUAUGCAAAAUAUGGCUAAAAGGACACUUCAUAUAUCAAAAAAUAGUUUAUUUUAUUUUUAUAUUCUACUAACUGCAUCCGUUUUAGACUGAAAGUAAGCAGCUAAUGAACCCCUCUGUUAGUAUCAAUAAGAAUGCUCAAAACUAAAAAGAGUUCAGACCUUUGUUUAAAUGUUUCUUUAUUGAAAUAACAGAUACUUACAAACCCUUUGAUGCAAAAAAAAAAAAAAACCCAAAAAAAACAUGAACAACAAAAAAACAGAAUAUUUACAAUAAUGCAUAUUUUGAAAAUUACAGGUAAAAUACUAAAUGUUUUGUCUGGCAAUUUUUGCUUUAGGCGCUUUCACAAAAACACAAGAACUGACUUGCUAAAUAAAUUACCUGAUGGGAAUGGAUAAAUUAUUUUAGCCUUAAUAAUACACAAUUUACAGAUUUCUUUCUCCCCAGUGUUUUGAUAUAGCAUUUCCAUUUUUUGCCUUAUGCCCUGUGUAUAUAUUUUCUAUCACUGGCUUAUUUCAUAUAAGUUAUUUAAAAAGAAAAAAAAACAUUUUGAAUUUUGCAGCAAUUUUUUUGUAAAAAUAAAGAGACUCUUGUUAUAACUGAAAAAAAGUUUUAAUCAUGUAACAAAUGUAAGAGCUGUAGUUAAACUGAAAAUAAACUGUCCUAAUUCUUACUUUCCUUACCUGAUUUUUCUUUUUAACAAUGGACCAAAAAUUGACAUUCAGUUCUUUUCUUGUCUGGUAAAUACAUUUGUUGUAAUAAAAAGAAAUACAAAAUUUAUUGGUUAAAAUAACAAAGAAGUUCAGCAGGUUUUCAAAUGUUCAUAUAGUCGGUCUGGUUUCUUCUUUUACUUUCCUCUGCAGCAAACAGUAUACUCAUCCAUAAAGUAGGAAACACUACACUGUGUAGUAAAGUUUAGUAGUGCUUUCUACUUUAUGGGUGACAACACUGUACAUCAAGUAGCUUCUGGUCGAUCCACCGCAAAUACUGAAAACUGAAGGUUAAUCAAAGGCAAGGCUUCACAAACUGAACCGAACACACGAUCAAAAUUCACGUUAUCAUUCUUGAUAAAAAGAAAGAAAAACAUUCAAAUGACUUGACAUUUUGCUCAAAAUUAGGCUGAAAUGAAGUAGUAAUGUCUUAGUAUGUUAGUGUGUUUAAAAAACGUUGAUCAUCAGAUUUUCAAGUUGUCAUCAGGGUCUUACCAGCGUUUGGAGUCCAAGGAAGAAAGAAAACCCAGAAGUGAGCGUGAUCUUUUUAUUAACCCUGUCUGAGCCACGUGGUUUACACAGGAAAAGCCCCAACAGUUUCUCACACACACACAAAAAAUACAUGCAUGCAAGUAUAUGCAGAUGUGCACACACACAUGCACACCCACAAAGACACACAUACGCACACACACCACACAGUAGUUGAAAUAGUAUUUGUACAUUUCCUUAAGAUAAAGCAGGAAUUAUUAGUUGUAUUAACAGCUUUUUGUAGAGAUUUUUUAAAUUUGAUGUGUAUGUAAUCUUAUGAACCUGUAGCUGCUGUUAGUCCAACUACCUCGUACACACCUAAACAUGUACUUGUACUAUACUUCAUAUUUCUUUUUUGUGUUCACACUAAGUAAAAAUAUCAGAUCAAUCUAUUUUCACAACCUAAAAGUACCUCUGAAUUUAACGUCGUUUAUCUUAGGAGGUCUAAUUUAAGUGUUUAUUUGCACAUCUGCACACACAGACACAACCACAAGCGCGCACACACACAUGCACAUAUGCAAAUUCAGAGUGUACACCCAGGUCCUGGCCGACUGCACCGCUGCUGCCAAGCGUGAUCUCAACCCUUUUAAGGACAUACUUUUACGAGGUGGCAACUGCUUUUAAAACAAAAGUCAGUCUCUGAAGCAGAAAGAUAUUGAUCUUGAUAAUAAUUUAUGUGGAUGUGUACCAAUGAUCUCGUAGCUCUUUGCCAAUGCAGCACUAAGGAUUGACUGAAAUAGCAAUGUAAUGAUAAAAGAUCAAAGUGAGUCAAAGUAGACUUAUUGAUUGAGGGAGCUCACUUUGGAGAUGCUGAAGCUCUUAAAGGUUUAUGUUAGCAAAGGGAGAGCGGUGCUCCUCAGCACGGUCCUCAAAAGUCAGACAUUACUGUCUUGCAAGUCUAAAACAUUGUGUAUAAAUUACAGGAAGCACUUUGUAUCUCAUUUAUAAUUCUGAGAACUCAUUCACGCCUGCAUGUUUGUGACAAGGUGUGGGUGGGGGAUGGUGGUGCAAGGCUCUUCCCCUAUCCCAGCAGCAAAUGUGCAAUAUGCUUGCAACAACAGAAACUUUGCAAACAGAAUAGAGAUGGGCCUGUGUCCUCUGUUGUCACGACAACCCAAACCUCAGAGUCACACCAAGUGAAAUAAGAGGAAGUGGGGGAUGGGUGGCGUGCACAAACCGAGAAAAGAUGUCCUCGUUAGAAGAAAACGGAGCCAGAAACAAGCAGAAAGAGAGUAAUGGAGAAGAUCAUCAAAAUGCAACACCAGACAAUAAAUUUCUUUUUAUGCAAGUCAUCAAAUAUUAAGCCAGCCAGCAUACACAUACACACUCACACAUACAGAUACACACACACACAUAUAGGUUGUACCUUUGUGAAGGCUGAAAAAAACAGCAGUGAGUCUUUGCAGCAGGCCAGCAUGACUGUGCAUCUCUCUGAUUAUCUCAGCACUGUUGCACCAAAGGCUGUCCUUGCAUCAGCCAUCUAUCCCUGUGCAACAUGGGAUUAUAUCCUAAGUGAGUCCUUAAAGUACUUAGGGUGAUAUAGAUAGCGUCAAGGGGCCAAAAACGAGCACAGCACCUAAUGACACCGGUAGGUAUUAUCCUCCCAGCAGGGCUUUAAUUGAAUUAUGUUUUACCUUUGACCAUUGAGCUCAUGAGAGCAGCUGUAAAUAAAAUAUAAACAACUCAGAAGGCAUUAGAAUGAGCAACACGGCGGCAGAUAUAAUCUGAAUCUGUCAAGAAAAGUUCACCGUUCCUGUUUCUCUCUCAUUUUAGGCGUCUAGAUUUCUUAUUAUCAUCACUGUUGGUUUGGUUCCAUCCCCAAGGAUGAAAGAAAUUAACUGUCCGAGAAUCCUCUUGCACUUUCUUAAACUCAGUAUGUGCCUUGUGUUGCUGCUGCUAGUCAUGCACCUGAUCAGUGCUGCUAUACAGUCAAGAGAUUUUGAUGAGAAAAAAAUUUCAGUCACUUUCAUGUACUUGCUCUGUAUUUACUUAUUCAGUAUCUCAAAAGAAAAAAGAAACAAGGAUUUAGGACUACACAGAUCAAUGAAAUAACAUCUUAUUCAAUUCAGUUGUAUAUAUCUAGCACCAAAUCACAGCAACAGUUGCCUCAAGGCGUUUUGUACUGUAGGGGAAAAGGCCCUACAAUAAUACAAAGAAAACAGAGAAAAUCCUAAAAGUUAAAUGCCCCCCUGUGAGCAAGGCAAGAGGUGUAUGAACACAUAGUGAGUGAAAAAGGUGAAUGAAGAAGGAACAUUCAGUGCAUCAUGGAAAUCCCCUUGCAGCCUAGACCUAUUGCACUGUAACUAAGGGAGAAUUCAGGGU